CUUCAUUUCUCACAACUGGUUUGGGCCGUGCAGGCGCCGGAGUUCUCCGUUCUCCAUUUCAAGAUGCAUAAGCAGAGGUGAACGCUCAUCUUGGAAUUGAGAGAUCUGGCUCUGCUGGGAGAAGAUGUUGCUGUGCGGGGUCCUGCUGCUCGUCAGCCUCGCCUCCCGUGUCCGCGGCACGUUUGAUCCUCAUCACAAGCCUCUGAGGUAUCGGGCCGAGGAAGGUGGCAACGUCACGUUGGAGUGGAGAUUCUCCUCCAGAUCGGACAUUUCCGUCCCCUCCCUGAAGAUCCACUGCCUGUCGUUGUUGAAGCCGAAGGUUUUCUUUCAUCUGGACCGCAGAGUCAACGAGUCUCUGCACGAGCAGUUCGCGGGACGGGUGCAGUGUGACCAAGACGCCCUCGGGACCGGAUGGCUCCGGCUGCGUCUGUCCGGAGUCCGGAUCCAGGACAAGGGCCUGUACCUCUGCAAGAUGGCCACGGGGUCUGGCAGGAAGGUGAAGCUGUUCUCUCUCAACGUCACGGCCGUGAACGAGCCCAACCCUGAGACAACAAAACCGGCACCGAUGACAACUCGACCAGUGGCAGAGGGCCGGGGAAGAGUCGGCCUCUACGCCGCACUGGGGCUCGUGGUGGGGCUCGUGGUGGCCGCCGGUAUUCGCCAUUUAUUUAAUAACGCUGUAAGGAAACUGGAGCAGCCGGACCGAGGAGGCGUGUCGCGGCGCGCGGAUGUGACGUCACUGCUGUCUGCUGCAGAAACCAAGUGAUGCCUGACUCACUGGGGCAAAGAGUGUAUUAUUAUUGUGUGUUGAAUAUUAUUUUACAUAGAUAAACUUAAAAUGACUCACACUUUUUUUGGUACACUAAAUAUAGCAAUACCACAGUGAAUAGUUAAGGAAGAAUGUACCUUUUCUGAAUUAUGUAAUGUAUUAUUGUGGCAUUAAUGUGGUAUAAUGUUGCUCCUGGUGAAUGUGGGCCUUUUUUUUUUAUUCCAUUUUUUUUUACUAUAUAUACUGCUGGGUAACUUGUGAAUUUAAGUAUUAAUGUUUGUCGAUUUAUAUUUUGUAUUUAUAACCUGAAUCGGCAAAGAAGCUAAAGAUAUUAGAUAAUUGUAAUGGAGUAAAAAGUACAUUAUAUGCCCCAGUUGUCGUGUAGCGGAGGUACAAAGUAGCAACAAAUGGUGGGUUAUAUAUUUAUAUAGUUGUAGGAAAAAUAAAGUACAUUUAGUAAUAAAGUAGCGAACUAUGGAACUAUUUAAGUUAAGUAUCUUGAAACUACAGGGAUUGAUUUAAUACUGUGUUACAGCAGCUGCUAAUAGUUUAAAAACUAAAAGUGUGCCGACUUUGAUGCUUGUGAAUACCUUUUAUAAUAUAUCUGUAUAUAUGUACUUUUAUACUAUGUUUAUUUAAUGUUUUUUCAGUGUUUUUCCGUCAAAGGAUCAAAGGUAUAUUUUGAAUAUCUACUAAAUUUAGACUGGAAAUAUGUACGUGAGUUGAAGUCCAAAACAAACACUGUAAUUCAACUAUUUAUUCAUUUCAGUGCAUUUCAGAGUAUAAACCUUUUUUGUAUUGAGACAUUUUGAAGAUGUUGUGUUCCUUGAAGUUAAAAAAGUUA